AUGGCGUAUACUCAGAUCGCUGCAGAAGACACAGACGAUCAUGGACCCGUCCAAUCGCCGCUAGCUAUACCGACUUCGCCACCGCCCUCUUUCCGCUCCCGCAACUCGUCGCGGCGAACUUCCCGAGAUGAGGGCCGCCAGAGCGAGGACGAACGCGAUCUCGACGAUGCCUUCGAUGCGCCUUCCGAUGACGAGGACGAUGAGGAUGCGCGAGACAGGAGGAGGCUGAUUCCAGAAACACGGCAGGACAAUGCGACGAGCGGGGAGGCGGCGGCGGCAGCACAAUCAAGCAGCGGCUCGCGUCCGGAUGCGCCGCAAAGACAAGUCACGCAGAUUCCUACAUUCGUACCUGCUGCGCCGAGCGGAAGGAUGAUUGGUAAUAGUCGGGAUGGAGUAUGGGCGAACUUGAGUGCAAAGCCCCGGCCUGGAGAGGACGUUGAGGAGAAACCACCGACCUACGAACAGGCCGCUGCUGAUGCGACCCCACCAUACUGGGAGACAACAGUACUGUCACCAUAUGCCACAACUGGAAACCCAGACGACGUAUUCGUAGACGGUCUGCUGGUCGGCUCGCUCUUCUCAUUCAUCUGGAACGCCCUGAUUUCCAUGUCCUUCCAGCUAAUCGGUUUCCUACUCACCUACCUGCUUCAUACCACGCACGCCGCAAAGCACGGCUCGCGAGCCGGUCUCGGGAUCACGCUGGUGCAAUAUGGUUUCCAAAUGCGCUACGCUGCCUCGAUUGAUCACCCAGGUCCAGAUCCAGGCUCAGCCGCGCCCUCGGAAGGUGUACCAGACGAUCCCAACUCGCACGAUUUCGAUCCCAGCCAAGUGGCCGGCGCCGAUGCCGCUGCAGCAGCUUCCACGGGCAUAACAACCAGCGACUGGCUCUCCUAUGUUUUGAUGAUUGUGGGUUGGUUCAUUCUCAUCCGAGCAGUUUCGGACUUCAUGAAAGCACGACGGCAAGAGGCACUUGUAAGGUCUUCGCCAGACCGGGGACUGGGCGUUGCCGUCGUGGCGGAGAAUGAGCACCCCGAGACGAGCGUUUAA